AUGACCAGAACUCUUACUUCAAGUAAACAUUGUCAGUUGAGUGUAAGCUCUAGUUAUGAAGUCAGUAAUAGUUCAUUUUCUGCUUCAUCAUCUUCAUCAAUCUUUUCUUCCGCAUCAUUCGCCUUUACUUCAAGCUCUAAUUCAACUACUACUGUGUCCAGCUUCUCAAACACUUCAAAAUCUGCCAACCCUUCUAAAACUUCAACUCGUCCGAAAGGGAAAGCUAGGAAGACUGCCAAGAAAGUAAAGGUUUCUACCAGGCAGGUUCAUGGCUUGAUCGUCGUCAUUAUCAGUACCAGAGAUUUGGUUGAACAAGCAAAGCUUAUCACUGACCAGAGGGAGAUGAAUAUCACAUUUCGUUCCGUCAUUCGCUGA